AUGGUCGACUAUCUACAGAAACGACUCUCCAAGUCCGAACAAGUGGAUACACACAAAACGUUGAUCGAUGGUUACCAUAAGCAGUGCCAUGAAAAGUGGAAUACCUUCCCUGAUGAUGGCUAUUUCUAUUCCAAUCUUAUUCAUCAUGCUUUAAUAGCUGAAAAUGAUCAACAUCUUCAAAGUAUUAUGACCGAUUUCGAUUGGAUGACACGUAAAAUUCAAAUAGACAGGACGAUCUAUUACCUAGAAUGCGAUUUAACAGACUACGUCGACUAUCUAAAGAAAAGAAACAAGAACUGGGAGGAUUUCGAUCAACUCAAGCAGCUCCUCAAGCAGCAACAACCUUGGCUAGAUGUACACAAAAAUAAUGUCGUUCAAAUGAUCUUGUGGUUUAGCAUGUCAGAUAGUUGGAUGAAACAGCGAGCUUUGCAAUUAGCUGAGGAAAAUGUGCGAAAUGGUGAAAGUUAUUGGAGCAUGUCAAGGUGUUCAACUAGUGCAACAACUCCAUAUACUUAUGAUGCAUGCAAAGCAAUCGGUAAGAAUGAAUUGGAUCAGUCUAUAUCAGUUUCGAAUCCCGAGUUUGGACCUUUGCGAAUAAUUGGUACUCAAAACAAUCUUAAACGAGACUGCCAAAUUGUGAUUCAAGAUUAUCAAACAUCACAAACUGUGCUUCAAAUAUCAACACCAAACAUGGAUAUUGAAAAAGUGGAAAUCUCAGCUGACGGUCGGACUGCAGCCUUCCAGCAAUUCAGCAGAAAGGACGAGUGGAUCGUUUACGAUCUCGAUAAAAAUGAAGAAAUAAGCUUUGCCCAAAACGAUCAAGGGGAAGACGUUAAGACUGACUUUGAUUCCGUACAAUUUUGCCCUCCUCAAUCUGAAACCAAAAUGAUCAUGACACUCUCUGGAGAUUCCCGUGAAGUUAGGAUUUGGAAGAUUGAGGGGAAUUGUAUUAAACCUACAAAUAAGCAAAUAUCACGCCAAUACAAAAUAGAAUAUUGUGGAUGGGUACUAAUGCAAGAUAGUGUUUGUGUCUUGUUGUGGUGGAGAAAAUAUCGAAGUCAAGGAGGGAAGUCUAAAGACUAUGAACCUGUCGAUCCGCAAAAUUGGAUUAAUGAAUGUCAAAUUGAAAUGUGGAAUGUAAAGAAAUGGACUCGUCGAUCAUUCAAAGUACCUGCUUUCAUCCAUGCAAAGGAUGAUGGUCAGUACUUUAAAAAUAAUGAUUUUCAACAUAGCAAGCGUUUAACGUACAUCAACAUCUACCGUGAUGCAGCCUAUAUGAUAUUGUCAUAUACCAGACAUAUUAGUAGUACAAUUGGUCAGUUAAAAAUGAAACAAGUUUUCGAAUUCGAAAAUCAAUUUCGAAUUAUAUUACAUGAUAUUACAUUCGUUAAGAAUAUUUUGGUAUCAGGCCAUCAGUCAAUGAUCGCUAUUGAAUGUAUAACUAGGAAACACAUACUCAAAAUGAGUGGUGAUCAAGUCCAAUCUCGUGCUAGAGUUGAUCAAUCUGGUCGAUCAAUGUUUAUUCCUGGUAGUCAUCGAUUGCUUAUUUAUGAUAAACGGGAUGUAUAUGAAUAUAAUUUACAAGGCGAUAAAAUUGCUUGGCAAGAUAUCUCUCAAACAAAAUCAGUUGAUGUUGGUAGACCCCAACGUAACCCCCAAACUACCGUCAACAUAUUCGACCUGAUCGAGUUUGUAGGUAUAGAAGAUUGUAGAAAGUACAGGGAAUUAAUCAAUGGAAGACUUGGAGAAAGACACUUGAAGAUUGUUAAAGAUGAAAUACGCUUCAGAUAUAGAAAGAAGGAUAACACACUCAUUCUCAUGAACACAUCCUACGUAGGUGAAAAGUGGAUAAUAACUGUUAACCUUACGACCGGAAAGAAGAGCGUUAAUCGACUGACAUUGAGUCAUGGUGCUCGUGUUGUGUAUGUUGAUGAUGAUUAUCUUUAUGUUUGGGAAAGAAACAAAGAUGAUAGACGUAGCUUGAAAUGUUACAAGUUUGGGGAUGGUGAAUAUCAAUUACUGGAAAAUAUUGACUACCAAUGGGAUAAAGGAUUAAUGUGUAAAAUAAUGAUGAAUAAGAUUAAACAUUCGCCUCUUCGGAUGAAGAUAGAAAAAUUAGUUGAUGUAUGGGGAGAGAAAGAUGCCGAAAUGAUUGAUUAUGUAAUGAAAGAUGACGAACUUUUGCUACUACUGGAAAAUGGAGACCAUAUAGCAAUACUCAACCAAGAAGAAGAUGGAAAUUUACGCAUGAAAAGAUACAAAGACAAUAUCAAAUACUUCAAGCCUCUCACACAAUUCUUCAACCAUGAAAAUCUAUGGUCGGACAAGCAGUUAAUCCUAUAUGAAAAAUACUCUAGUUUGAAUAUUUAUAACCCCCAAACACUACAGCUACAAAUCACUCUACCAUUCCCUCACUUCCGGAUAUGGGACAUGCAAUGGAAUCUUCAACACUCUCAACUCAUCAUCAGGAGUAGAAAGGAUUACUGCUUAGUAACCCACGUGAAAAAGACAUGAUAUUUGCAUGAAAUGUAAAGUUAAUCUUGUAUCUUGUACCCAAUGCAAUUUAACGAGAGUGACAAUAAACUAAG